AUGCCACUCUCACCGCCCGAUGAUGCCCUCAAACCAAUCCUUCUCGCUCUCCGAGCCCACAAUCCGACCCUCGGGAUAGCAAAACUCCACACAAAACUCCUGACACAGCAUCCAGAAUGGGCGGUCAGCGAGAAACGCAUCAAAAAGCUCCUCGCACAGGAAUCCCGCCCAGGCCCGCCGACACGUCCGACGUCGCAAGUCAUUGAGAAUUUGAAUGUCUCGCGAUGGACGACCAAGGUGAAAGUCGUCGAGUACGGAAGCGUGAAGGGCAAAGGUCUAGAAGCAACUCAGGAAAUUAAGGAGGGCGAGGAUGUCUGGAAAGAGGACCCAUUUGUCAUCAGCCCGAGCUGGGAUAUUUACGACUUGCAAAUUGCUUCGCAUGCCUGUUUUCACUGCACAACUCCCUUCAACUCAUCUACACUCCCUCACUCACUACCAUGCCCAUCCUCGACGAACCCCGCACUGAGUCAAAAUCACCCAUGCCCCGCACGCUUCUGUAACCGAUUAUGCAUCACCCGUGCUAUGAGCCGACAACACCCGCUUCUCUGCCCUGCAACCAACCCUGCGAGUGUCCCUCUGCUUAACUUUGCACGUUCCCGCGGAUGGCUUGCCGCUCACGCGGUCGCCCAAUGCAUCGCUCGCGUAUUGAUGGCGUUCGAGCAGGGCAGGAAACAAGAUCUUGAAGAGGACCUUCGAUUCAUUCGGUCUCUUGCUCAAAUGAGUAUGGAUGAGCGGUGGAAAAUCAUCGAAACAUCGGGCAUGGAACCAGACCAUCAAACAUGGAAAACUGCACAUACGCUGACGUUACAAGCAUUUCACGAACCGUCGAACCCGCGCGACAAGAAGCUGCUCUCUAAAAUUAUCCGGAAACCACUUCCAGAGGAUUUGGUCAAAACGCUGUUUGAUUACGAUGCUUUUCUUCACGCAUUAUCGCGAAUGGGUCUGAAUCUCGAAGCACACGGAGGCCUCUACAUCCUCCACUCACACAUGAACCAUUCCUGCGAACCAAACAUCUCCGUCCGUCACUUCGACCAAAGAACAGCACUUUCACGCAUUACGAUGCGUGCACGCCGGGACAUCCAACCAGGUGAAGAACUUACCGUCGCAUACGUAGACCCUGCAUUACUACUGAGUGCACGAAGACGUGCACUCAUACCGUGGGCUUUCGGAACGUGUAUGUGUGAUCGGUGUGUACGAGAACAGAAAGAAGAGGGAGAAAAGAAGGAGGAGAAGGAUCAGGAUACCGGAGAGCUCGGCGAGGCUCAGGAAAAUGGAGAAGCCGAAAAGUUCCCUGGGCUGGAGGAAGAGCUCAAAGAGGGGCUUGGCUUACUGUAA